AUGAUCUUCCUGUCCUCGCGGCAGCACGACCUCGUCUCCUCGUCCUUCUGGAUGGGACCGGGGUCGGAGACCUGUGCCUCGCGGCUGGCGGGGCGGGGGCUCACCUCCUCCAGACUAGAGGGCGUGGCAGGGGCCUCGCCGCCCGAUCCCACUGCCGCGCGGCACGCCCUGUAUGAGGGCAUGGCCAGCGCCCUGCUGUCGACCCCCCUUCAAUUGGAUGGGCCGGCGGGCACCCAGGGCCACGCGCUGGGCGAGCUGUUCAGAACACAAGGAGGCACCCUGGUCCCGGUGCUGAUGCGGCUGGAGGUGCCUGUUCGGGCCCUGGUGGCCCCCAUCGGUGACGAGGUGGUUGCCAGACGGCUGCUGGCGGCGGUGCAGGCGCACGUCCAGCCGCUGCUGGCGGAGAACGGGCUGUGGAUGCAGGACCCCCGGGUGUACCACGCCACCAUCUUCCACGCUUCAACCCAUGCCGACCCAAGGGCGGCCCCACGCCGGACAAUCGACGCGGAGGUGGGCGCGGCCUCGGCCGCGCUGGACGCGCUGUGCCCGAUGCGCACUGUGCUGGAGCGUGUGGUCGCCACCCCCGGCGGCGCGCUGGUGGCCUGCUGGCAGUUGCUGGGAGGGGCCGAGCCCGCGCGCCUCCGCACCGCGCUGAGGGCCGCGCUGCCCGAGGCUCCCACCACCCAGACAGUGAGGGAGCAGGACAUCCUGCACACGACCCUUGCCCGUCUCGUAGCGCCGCCGGGCACCGCGCCCGACGGCACGGGUCCCGCCGCGAGGCUGCACGCUGCCGCGGAGGCCAUGACGCGGGACCUGUGCGGGCUGCAGCUGACACUGGACCGCCUGUGGUUCGUGGAGGAGCACGACCUGCUGGCGCUGGCGCUGGGCGGUAGGUACAGGAAGAGGGCCCUGCCCUUGGCCUGCUCGGAGCUGGGAGGGGAUGGGCAGAGCCUGGCGGACAACAACUACAACAAGGCACUCUGUGAGGCCGCCUUCGAGGCGUACAAGCAGUGCAAGCAGCAGGAGCCCGAGCUCGCCGCUGCGCCCCUCAAGAACCAGGAGAUUAGGGCGGAGGAGGUGCGGCUGGUGUACCCAGAGGCAGAGGGGAAGGCCACUGAGGUCGUGGCGCUGGGUGAUGCGCUGGCUGCAGCACGAACCCGGCAGCUGGACCUCAUCAUGGUCUCCGCCGUCGCACGGCCCCCCGUCGUCCGCAUCGCCGACUUUGACAAGGUGCUGUACGAGAUGCGGAAGAAGGCCAAGACCGCAGCAAAGCAGCAGCGGGAGCAGCAGCGGCUGGCGGACCCCAAGGAGGUGCGUAUCGGGUGCCGGGCCGCGCCCAACGACCUGGCCCUGAAGGUGGGCCGGGCCCGGGCCUUCCUGGAGGAGGGCCAGCACCUGCGCCUCUCCGUACUCUUCAAGGGCGCGCGGGAGCUGGCGGAGGCGCGCGGCGUCGUCCUGAGCAUCCUCGCCCACCUAGAAGGCGUGGCGGUGCUGAAGGACAUCAAGCACCUGGAGAAGGCGUUCAAGAACCAGUGGGGCGUGCAGCUGGCGCCCGUGGGGCAGGGCAUGGGCGGCAAGGCGGAGAGCAUCGUGGCGCAGCUGGCCGAGGCGGAGCGGCUGUAUGCCCGGGCGCAGGCCCUGCGCGCCGCGCAGGGCUGGAGGCCCCCUCCCCUGCACGCCAACGCCGUGCGCGGGCCACUGGCGAAUGCACCCGGGCCAUGA